AGCGGGAGAGGGCUGUCGGCCUCAUGUCCUGCCCGUGGGCUUCCCAAAGGCAUCUGGUUGGCCACUGUGGGAAACAGGAUGCUGGACUAGAUAGGCCUUUGGGCUCUUCUUAUGUUCUUUCCAGCAAGCUCUCCCCCCCCUCAACCCUCGCGCAGCCGGUCAGUCUGAGGGGAGCGGUGCUCGAAGAGCGACAGCGGCGGCAGCAUCUGCACAGGGAAAAGCAACACAGAGCUAGCCAGACAGAGAGAAGGGGGGAGCGCUCCCUCCUUUCCUUUCUCCUCCCUCCCUCCCGUCUCUCUCCUUCCUGCUUUCUCUCCCUCCCCCCCUCAGUUAUUUCUAUUCUCCCUCAUUCUUUCUGCCGCACUCUCAACCCCCCCCAUAACAGACACAUCAGAUCUCCUUUUCUGUCUUUUUUCUUCCCCUCAGACGCAUACAUACAAGCGCGCGCGCGCGCAGACACCACACACAAGCGCGCGCGCGCCUGCCUAACCCGGGCUAGCCUUCUUUCAGCUUCUCUUUUCCUGUCAUCUCCCAUCAGCUCCCGUCUGUGAACCCGGCACGUUGACUGGCUUCGCUCUCCCUUCUCUCGCGCGCUUUCUCCCUCUUUUUCUUCUCCCUCCCCGCCCCGCACCUACUUACCUUACAUCCCCCUUUCACACUCUCAGUGCACCUGAAACAAGAACAACAGCAGCAGCAGCAGCGACCGGCCAGCAGCAUGUCCCGAAGAAAACAGAGCAAACCCAGGCAGAUUAAACUAAUUUGCAGAAUUUUCGGAGGCAGCGUUGGUGGAAUCUUCCAAGAAGUUGGGAGUGGCGUUUAUAAAUGGUCCAUGUUUCACAGGCAUACACUAAGGAACAAAGGAAUCUGCCUUAUACCAGCCAUUUGGUACAGAUGACAUGGACUAGUAUUGGCUCUCCAGGCUUCCAGGCAAUAGUCUUCUCCAGAUAUUGAUUUUGGACCUUUGCAUGCAAAGGCCCCUUGAGGAUGCUGUUGAGGAUGAAGAGGAAGAGUGUCUAUCAGAGGAAAAUGACAUUAUCUCCAAAGAAGACUUUCCACUGGAGAGAAGCUUUUCUGCAGAAUUUGAGCCUGGGAAUCUGAGCAGUGAAGAAGUGGAAUAUUUUUGUAAUAAAGGUGAUGAAGAGGGUAGCCAAGAAGCAGCAGAUUCUGAUGGGGAUGCACGGUUGGAGAAACCUGGACCACUUAUGCUCGAGACAGAAGACUGGGAUGGGCCAGGAGAAUUGGAGGUGUUCCAGAGGGACUUGGAGCGCAAGAUCCAGAGUCGACAGCAACUUCCAGUUGGAACAACAUGGGGACCAUUUGCUGGGAAGAUGGAUUUGAAUAACAACACAAUGAAGACAAAGGCUCCAGUCCCUAUGGUGCUGACUGCUGGCCCCAAGUGGCUGUUGGAUGUGACUUGGCAAGGAGUGGAAGACAGCAAAAACAACUGCAUUGUGUACAGCAAAGGUUCAGUUGGGUUCUCUAUCCAGUCAGCAAUAAAGAAGCAUGUUUGUUUGCCUGCAGUACGAAGAGGACAGCUUUGGUGCACAACGACAAAAGCCAUUGCCGAGGGUGAAGAGCUAAUUGCCUUUGUUGUGGAUUUUGACUCAAGGCUACACGCUGCCAGUCAGAUGACUCUUACCGAGGGGAUGUAUCCUGCUCGAUUGCUGGACUCAAUACAGUUGCUCCCUCAGCAAGCUGCUAUGGCAUCCAUUUUGCCUACAGCCAUUGUCAAUAAGGACAUAUUCCCGUGCAAAUCUUGUGGCAUUUGGUAUCGGAGUGAGCGAAAUCUGCAGGCUCACCUAAUGUACUACUGUAGCGGGAGGCAAAGAGAAGGAGCUCAGCUUUCCGAGGAGAAUGACGAAAGUAUUCAGCAGAUAUCCAGCAUCUGCCCUUUUCCACAGUGCACCAAAAGUUUUUCAAAUGCAAGAGCCCUGGAAAUUCAUCUAAAUUCUCACAGUGGAGUAAAAAUGGAAGAAUUUCUCCCCUCUGGCUCUAGCCUAAAAUGUACAGUUUGCAACUACACCGCAGACUCUGUGAUUAACUUCCAUCAGCACCUGUUCUCACAUCUCACUCAAGCUGCCUUUAGAUGCACGAAUUGCCAUUUUGGCUUCCAAACUCAGAGGGAGUUGCUGCAGCACCAAGAUCUACAUGUCUCUGGCAACAAACUGCAGAGAGAAAGUGAUACUGAACACUCUCCAAGUGGCAAUGAAGAGACUUUGCAAGUAACUGCAGAUCUGCUGAACAGAAAUGAUGGGUCCCAAAGUCAAAAGACAAUGCAGACAAAGGAUGCAAGCUCUGACACUGAGCUUGACAAAUGUGAAAAAAAGACUCCCCUUUUCCUUCCAAAUCAGAGGCCAGAAACACAGCCUGUCACAAAUAAGCAAAGCUUUUCCUACACAAAAAUAAAAUCUGAGCCAUCUAGCCCAAGGCUUGCCUCAUCCCCAGUCCAGUCUAAUCUUGGUCCGUCUUUUCCAAUGGGACCUUUUCUUUCUCAGUUUGCUUUUCCCCAGGACAUCACAGUUGUUCCUCAGGCUUCUGAAAUCUUAGCAAAAAUGUCUGAGUUGGUCCAUCGAAGGUUGAGACAUGGAAGUAACAAUUAUCCUCCUGUCAUUUACAGUCCACUCAUGCCAAAAGGAGCUACCUGUUUUGAGUGCAACAUAACCUUCAACAAUCUAGACAAUUACUUAGUACACAAAAAACAUUACUGCAGCAGCCGAUGGCAACAAAUGGCAAAGUCGCCAGAUUUUGGCAGUGUUUCAGAAAAGAUGCCUGAGGCUGUGAGUCCCAACAAUGGUCAAAAUUCUAUCAACAUUUUGAGUACUACACCUCACACUUCAGACCCAGAGAAUCAGCUCCUUCAGACAUCCUGCAUCAACUCUUCCACUGUAUUAGACAUGAUUGGGCCAAACGGAAAGGGGCAUGAAAAAGACUUUUCAUCUCAAGUGAAGAAGCUGUCAAAUGCUGCCAACAGUGAAGAGAAAAUGAAUGGGAAACCAUCCGAUAGCAAGAACUUAACUACUACUCCUUUAAUAGAAGGAGAAAGUGAUCCUAACAAAACCACAUGUGAGGCUUGCAAUAUUACUUUCAGUAGGCAUGAAACGUACAUGGUCCACAAGCAGUAUUAUUGUGCUACGCGCCAUGAUCCUCCACUUAAAAGAUCUGCUUCCAACAAAGUGCCUGCCAUGCAGAGGACCAUGCGCACACGCAAGCGAAGGAAGAUGUAUGAGAUGUGCCUACCAGAACAAGAGCAAAGGCCGCAGCUGGUCCAGCAACGUUUUCUUGAAGUGGCUAAUCUUGCCAACCCAUGUACGUCUUCUCAAGAACCAGCUGAUGGCCUUGGGGAGUGCUACCAUUCACGCUGCGAUAUCUUUCCAGGAAUAGUCUCAAAGCAUUUAGAAACAUCACUAUCGAUUAAUAAAUGUGUUCCAGCCUCAAAGUGUGACACACCACAUUCCACAGUUUCUUGCCUGGAAAUGGACGUACCUAUAGAUCUCAGCAAAAAAUGCUUGUCCCAGUCUGAUAGGACAUCUGCUUCCCCAAAAAGAUUGCUGGACUACCAUGAAUGCACAGUCUGCAAGAUCAGUUUUAACAAGGUAGAGAAUUACCUAGCUCAUAAGCAGAAUUUCUGCCCUGUCACUGUGCAUCAGCGUAAUGAAAUUGGCCAACUUGAUGGCAAAGUAUUUCAAAAUCCAGAAAGUGAACGGAACAGCCCUGAAGUCAGUUAUGAACGAAGCAUAAUCAAAUGUGAGAAAAACGGAAAUUCAAAACUGUCUUCUACCAACGGGAACUUAUUUUCUACACACUUAGCAACUCUUCAAGGACUUAAGGUCUUUAGUGAAGCUGCCCAGCUCAUCGCUUCAAAAGAAGAAAACAAACAUUUGUUUCUUCCACAAUGCCUUUAUCCAGGAGCAAUAAAGAAAGCUAAAGGAGCAGAUCAGCUUUCUCCUUAUUAUGGAAUAAAGCCAAGUGAUUACAUUUCUAGUUCCCUUGCUGUUCAUAAUAAUGAUGCAGAUCAAACUACAAAUGCAGAAGGUGAUUCUCUGAAGGAUCAGACCCCCUCAAAUGGGUGCCCUGUACAGAAGAAAGAAUCUCUGCCACUGCUGCCAAAAAACAGAGGCAUGGUUAUAGUUAAUGGUGGACUAAAACAGGAGGAAAGGCCUGCAGCAAAUCCUCAGCAAGAGAACAUUUCCCAGAAUCCUCAGCAGCAUGAAGAUGGACACAAAUCUCCAUCUUGGGCCUCUGAUAAUGCUUUAGCUGCCAAUGAAAAUGUCUCUCCAACAAUUCCUGCAGCAGAAGAACAGUUAUCUAGUAUAGCAAAAGGCGUGAAUGGAUCCACUCCGGCUCCUACCAGUGGAAAGUAUUGCCGCCUGUGUGACAUCCAGUUCAACAACCUAUCAAACUUUAUAACUCAUAAGAAGUUUUAUUGCUCUUCACAUGCAGCAGAACAUGUCAAAUGAAAAUAGUUGGUCUACCUUUGGUACCUGUGUUUAGUAUAUUGUUCCAUAUGAGUCUGAAAGAGAGCUGUUUGUAUUACUUCUGGACAAUCAGGCGUUAAUUCAUUAUUGCUGAGUUAAAAACUUUAAAGGUGUACUUCCAUUAUGGUCCAUUAGUAAAGUGUAUUCUUGGUGCCAUUAUCAAAACAAUUAAUUUAUUUUACCAGCAGUAUUCAUAGCUGUAGUUAUUUUUAUUUUUUAAAAAAACUUUAUAUUAAAGUCAUUUGUAAUGUUAUUGUAUAGUUAUUGUGUAGCACAUAUGGUUUGCACUGUAUAGUAGAUUUUAAAGAAAAUAGUCACAAACUAUACGGAAAAGCAUUUUAGAAAUAGCUUCAAAAGCACCUGUGUAUCCUGAUUUUCCUCCCUUAUAUGCUAUUGCAGAUAUAUGUAGAUGCUAAAAUAUAACUUGCAAAAAGUUUCAACUAUGCUGUAAAGUUCGCCUUAAAAUUUCAAUUUUAAUUUUUUAAAAGAAUUUGGCUCAGUUUGCAUUUUAUAUUUUAGCAGAUACAGUACCUUAGUCACUAGGCUUUGCAUUUGUAUGUAGCAGUAUGUUUCUGUCCACUUUCUUAACCCGAAAUGUCCGUUAAAACGAAGGUGGCAUUUUUUUCCCCUUGUAUAGUACUUGUAUUUUCUUUUGCUGACGCAUCUCUGUCUCGAUUUUUAAACCUUUGCUGUUAAAUGCAAUACUUUAUGAAGAAUGAACAAAAAUUACUGGAAGCAGUAUUGUAAGUAAUGAGGUCAUAUCUAUCAGUUUUAUCUUUUGAAAGGCACAGUCAAAAUGAAAACCUUUACUCAAUGCUGCAAGUAUGAAUCUAAUUCAUUUAUAAGAUAUAUUUAAAUAUAAAAGUAGCAAUACUGCAACUGGUGAUCACAGAGAUAAUGUUCUACUUCUGAUAGAAAUAAUUUCUCAACAAAUGUUGUUACUAUGCAUGUAU